AUGAGAAGCCAGUAUCGGCGAACUGUAAAUCGUAAAAAUGAGGAAGCAUUCUCCGACUCACCACCAUCGCGACAUCCACCUGCGCCAAGUCUGAAACCAGUGGAAAUCGAUGUUAUUCGGAAUGUAAUUGAUAGUCGACACAACACCGAGAAGCAGUUAUUGGAUCUCUCAAACUUCUCGAAAAACGUCGAAUUCUUUGAAAACGAUAUGUUGAUGUGUUUGACGAAACCGCGAGUGAUGACGACGGUUCUUCAAUGGAUUGGAGCGAAAUAUCCGAAAAUUUCUGGAAUCUCGUUUUCGAACAAUCGCUUGUGCCAUUUGGAACAUCUUUCGGCACUCGGAAAAACUACCAAAUCGCUCAAGUUUCUCGAUUUGAGUCAUAACCAGAUUUCUACUGAAGAUGAACUCGAAAAGCUUGGAAAGGUGUCAGUGGAGAGAUUGGUUUUUGAAGGGAACCCAGUUUGCGAGCGUUUCACUCAAAUGUCGCAGUAUGUCAAUUUUAUUCAGAAGGCGUUCCCGAAGUGUUCUAAUUUGGAUGGAAUUGAUGUUAAACCGAAGGAACAACGCUUCGACUUGGACAAGUUUUUGCCGUUUAGAAACGGAUACUAUGGCAAUGAAGAGAUACGCAAUCUUGUCGAAGAGUUCAUCAUUGCAUACUACGAAAUCUACGAUGGUGCCGAUGGACAACAAACCAGAAAGACGCUUCUGAACGCGUACGAUGCCACAAAUUCGACAUUCACAAUUACAAUCACCUGCCUUUGGGAUCCGUACAAGUACACGAUGUAUCCAGACAGUGAAUGCUAUCGUAUGUACUUGCGAAACUCGCACAAUGUUCUCAACCAGGAGUUCUUCGCUGCGAACCGCGCGUCACGAAUAUCUCACGGCGCCAUGGACAUCGUUGUGGCACUCUCAAGACUACCAGCCACUGUUCAUCUGAUGGACACUUUUGUUGUCGACGUCUUUCUCGUCUCAGCAGAACUUCUCGGAUUCACUCUUCAUGGAACGUUCCGUGAUGGAAACAUGGUCGCUGAAGACAUCAACUCAGCGGAAAACUAUUUCACGAGAACAUUCAUCGUAGCACCGAAAGGAGAAGGAAAAGUGGCUGUCAUUUCAGACCAAUUGUUCAUCAGUUCAAUGUCGAAGAGGCGCAAUGAUAAGUAUCGCAUGCUCGUCGAGAACGCUACAGAUUUCGAUGUCUAA